AUGGGUCAAUGCAGGAAUACGGGAGAGUCCUGCCGCUAUCGGCACGAAGCUGACGAGAUCAGAACAAAGGUCCAGCAAGUGGGGACCGCGAAGACUGCAUUGCCCCAAGCCAUCAUUCAGAGUGUGUAUAUCCCCUCUAGGGGCCAGACAGACGAGUCGAGCCAUGAGGCUGUGUGUUCGUUACAACUCGUUGAAGGGCCCUCUGCGGCGAUGGGUGAAGAGCUUUCGGGUGCUCCAGAGUGCGCCACAAGUAUGCAAGAGCCUUUACAGGAGCAGACAGAUACAAUUGAUAAUGACAGUCUGUGGGAAGAGGUUGGAGACUACACUUCCCCUGAUAAUUAUCCAAGUGACGACACCCCAAAUGAUACCAUGGGUAUUAGCAGCGAAAAGGAGAUGGAUGAUUUUUUACGGCUCGUAGGGAUAUUCCCGGAUACUGAACCAUCCAUGCUAUUGAAUUUGCUGCGCUUAACCAAUGGCGAUCCCAAUACUGCCGUCAACAUCUUAGAAAGGGUAGAGCGUAUGUCAGUGAAUGAUUUAGACAAUGCAUUAUCGAAGGCCCUUGCCGAGGAAGAAGAGGAAGAGAGUGCUAAGGAGCGUAGUCGGUGUGAAUCUACAGAUAACCUCCUGACACUUCAUGCACUAUUCCCAACUCUGGAGAUAGGCACCAUCGAGGCGGUGUUGGGUGGGUUCAACAAUAACCUUUCGGAGGCAUACGAGGUUCUGUUGUGUUCACAGGAAAAGGUUACCCAAAGUGACUAUGGGACCGUAUGGGGUGGGGAGCUGAACCAUGCCGAACAAUUGAGUCUGGGAAAGAUCUGCGCGAUGUUCCCCGAGAUUGAACCGAGCAUCGUCCGUAGCAUAUUCGGCAAUUCUAACAAGGACUCGAGUGCUACGAUUAACUGUCUUAAUCAGCUCGCGUCUGAGCUACUCACCCCCGUUGAGCGGGAGGCGCUGGGGAGAGAGGCGAUACGGUUCACCCCUUACCACGAUUCCAGGAGCGCAAUGUGCUCACCGAAGCUGCCGGACUCGCCUCGUCCUUCUCGAGGGACUAUGCAAGACUCUUCUGAGAUCUCCUUAAGCAUUCGUAAUGAGAUGAAAAAGGCGCUAAAUAUGUAUGGAGACUGGCGUCGCAUUCGCAAAUGCAGUUAUGCUGUCAAUACAUGUCGGAUUCGUGUGCUGAGCCAGGCCUCAGCAGCUUUCCUACGUGGUGAUGGUAGGACUGCGAAGGUGUUGAGUCAGAAAGGCCGCGAUCUUGGUGCGGAGUACCAACGACUUAAUCGUCUGGCGAUGCUUGCUCUGGAGCAAGAGCGGCUGGAGACGGACCCCAUCAUGACGCUCGAUUUGCAUGGUUUUCACGUGAAAGCGGCACUGGAAGUGCUUGCUCGCCGUGUUCAGCUUUGCUGCGAAAAGAGAAUCCCGCGGCUUACCAUUGUUAUCGGGGAAGGGAAACAUACCCGGAGGGGAUACUCGGUUGUGUACAGAGCUGUAGUCGAGAGCUUGAAAACGGAUCCGUUUUUAAGCACCAGGGUUCGGCAGGUCUCUGUCAAGUCAGCCCUCGUUGAGGUCCGUAUUAAAUUUGAUUCCAAUUCUACGCGUUAA